AUGGCCGAUCUUCCAUCAAGGAGAGUAACAGAAACACGCCCAUUUGAAAAUAUAGGACUCGACUACUUUGGCCUUAUAACCGUCCAUGAUGAUCAUGAGGAACGUACAAACGUUUAUGGAUGCAUACUCACAUGUUGUGUAAGUCGCCUCAUCCAUCUGGAAAUCGUAUCCGACGGAACCACCGAGAAAUUUCUCAACGCAUUUCGUCGAUUCGUAGCUCGUAGAGGAAAACCACACCUAGUUACCUGUGACAAUGCACCAACCUUUAUAUUGGGAAGUGAAAUCUUGAACGAUUCUCUAACCGAUACUUCAACCAAUGAAGACAUAGUUCGUAAUAUGAGCAAUCAGAUGAUCGAAUGGAAGCAUAACACUCCUUAUUCACCUUGGAAAGGCGGCUUCUAUGAACGUCCCAUAAAAUCAGUCAAACAAGCCCUAUUCAAGGCGAUCAAAAGACGCAUUUUAACAAUAGAUCAGCUACACACGUUCCUCGUAGAAAUCGAAGGAUGUCUUAACUGUAGGCCUCUCACCUACCAAGAAGACGACAUUAACGGUGCUCUACUACCUCUUCGUCCAAUAGAUUUCAUGCAACGGGAAAUGGAAGUGACUCUUCCGUUUAAUUUCUCAGAAGAAGAAAGGGCAGAUCCCAUUUUCCUACCUCCCUCGGAAGCAUUACAAUUCGAAACCAGACUACAAACCGAAAAAGCAUUGCAAUCUUCCUACGUUCUCAUAGAACGUUUCUGGGAAAAGUGGAAAAAUCACUAUUUAACAGCUCUUCGAGAGCAACAUCGCCGCACUAUUGACGGUAAAAGGGGAAACGCUAAUGAAGUCCGGGAAGGUGAAAUAGUUCUUAUAACGGACGCUCUACAAAAAAGGAAUCACUGGAAAUUAGCGCGCAUCUCCAAACUAGUACCAAGUAUCGACGGAGCAGUGAGAGAAGCAGAAGUGUACUGCAGCAAAAAGACACUUCGGCGCCCUAUCAACCAGCUCAUUUCACUGGAAAUCCAAGGAAAUGAAGAAGAGUCCCAACAGAGCACAACUUCGGAAGCUCAACAAUUACAAUCUCCACCUUCUAAUAGUCGAUGUAAUCUACGCCCAAAAAAGACGAAACCUCGCUAUACGGAAGAACAACGUCAGGACAACGGUAAUAUCUACGGGUUUACCACAAAAAGAUCACCGACAACGUGGCCUACAACACUAUAUCUAAAGAUGACCCUCACCUUGGUUGUCAUCUCGUUUGUCAAGGGAAAACACCUGCCAAUCGAGAAGCCAAAAACGACUCAGAAUUAUCCACACCUAAACUAUGCCAUAGAAUGCAAAGAACAAGGGUUAUACAUUCAUGCCCCACAGGCAGAAGAACAUAAAUUAUGCGUUAACAAUUACUGCAUAAGGGAGAAGUCACCUCCACUACAUAAACUCUUACGCUUACCACCAGAAGUACUUCACGACUUUGAAGUAAACUGGAAAAUACGCAUAGGAGGUAGUUACACUACCGUUGAAACGGCUUGUUCAGCACCACCUUUCUGCUCAGCAAUAGACUGUACUAUGUGCGCCGCCAAUAUUUUAAACCCCGAAUGUUGGCCCCUUGCGGCAAUAGCAGGAUUAGGUAUAAUACUAUACCUUCUCGUUGCCAUCUGCUACACCCUUUGUUACAUACCAAUUACAGUUGGCCGACCAUUCCGCAUCAUCAUUGCGGAAAUAGGCAAAAUACUUGACUUAAUGGCACUCUUUAUAUGGUGUUGCUGUCAGCGGAUUACUCUCUGA